AUGCCGCCACCACGGAGGCGCAUGAGGCAUGACUCAGAGGAGCCCAAAGGCACAUCCCCACCUCGGCGACCGACACGGCAUGACUCGGAGGUGCCAAAAGAUUUAUCACCACCACGAAGGAGGAAGCACCAGGACUCUACAAAGGUGGAUGAUCCAUCACCUCCAAGAAGGAGAAAUCUGGGGCGAAGUCCAGAUGAUGGGGACAUGUCACCACCAAGGAAGGAUCGCAAAUUUGCAUCAGAUGAUUUAUCUCCUCCUCGUAAGGAGAGAGAUCUUUCUUCCCCAAGGAAGGGUAAAAAGGAAGGAGCAAAACAGACGAGGAAAGCUGGACUGAUGACAGCAGAGGAAGUUAAAGAGGACAUCAGAAAGAUUAAGGAGGAUGAGAUGCUCAAGUUUGCAGCGCAGGAUCCCUCACUGGUUGGGAAAGGGGCAAAGGCUAAUGUAUUCCGAGAUAAGGAAGGGAAGCGGAUAAGUGAAGAAGAGAAGCGGCGCAAGGCAAAGGAAUCUGAGAAGCCGAAGGAAAUGCAUAUAGAAUGGGGUAAAGGAUUGGUGCAGAAGCGAGAAGCUGAGGCUAGAAUAAAAGAGCUUGAAGCGGAGAAGAGUAAACCAUUUGCUCGAACAAGGGAUGACCCUGAGCUUGACUCUAUGCUAAAAAACAGAAUCCGAUGGGGUGAUCCUAUGGCCCAUCUUGUCAAGAGGAAAGAUCCAGAAUUUCUUAUAGAAGACUUGGGAGAUGACGAAAAGAUGAAAGAAUCUGGCUUCAUAGUUCCACAGAAUAUACCUAGUCACAGCUGGCUGAAACGUGGAGUGGAUCCUCCUCCAAACCGUUAUGGCAUAAAGCCGGGUCGUCAUUGGGAUGGUGUGGAUCGCAGUAAUGGUAUGUACCUUACACUGUCAGUAGUUUGGGCUUCCCUUCAUGCUUCUGUUGUGACUUCUCGUGGUAUUUGA